AUGCCCCGCGCCUUUCUAGUGAAGAAGCCAUGCGUCUCCACGUGCAAGAGGAACUGGAGCGAGCUCCCGGACGAGGAGCGCGGGGAGAUCUACGUGCCAGUCAGCCUCGGCUUCUGCCCACCACAACCCUACCGGGAACCAGAGGCAUCAGUGGCUGAGCCCCCUUCUUGCCCCCUGGCUUUGGACAUGAGCCUUCGAGACUCCAGCUAUAGUGUGGCCCCAGGGCCCUGCGUGGUGGCCCAGCUACCCUCUGAAGAUGUGAGCCAUCUGACAGAUCCCCAGAGCAGAGACCAGGGCUUCCUACGAACCAAGAUGAAGGUGACCUUGGGGGACAGUCCAAAUGGAGACCUUUUUACCUGUCAUAUCUGCCAGAAGUCCUUCACCUACCAGCGCAUGCUGAAUCGACAUAUGAAGUGUCACAAUGACGUCAAGAGGCACCUCUGCACUUACUGUGGGAAGGGCUUCAAUGACACCUUUGACCUCAAGAGACAUGUCCGAACCCACACUGGUGUACGGCCCUACAAGUGCAGUCUGUGUGACAAGGCCUUCACCCAGCGCUGCUCUCUGGAGUCUCACCUCAAGAAGAUCCACGGCGUGCAGCAGAAGUACGCAUACAAGGAGCGCCGGGCCAAGCUCUAUGUGUGUGAGGAGUGUGGCUGCACCUCUGAGAGUCAGGAGGGUCAUGUCCUGCACCUCAAGGAACGCCACCCCGACAGCCCACUGCUGCGAAAGACCUCCAAGAAAGUGGCUGUGGCCCUGCAGAACACUGUCACAUCCCUGCUGCAGGGCAGCCCCCAUCUCUGAGCAGCACAGGCCCUGGGAAGGACCAGGUUCACUUCCCUGCUGC